AUGUCACUUAAACGACCUUUAUCACCUGAAUCAAAUAUUAAUUUUAUCAAUAAUACUGUAUGUCAAUUGAAACUUUUAAAACUUCGUUCAAUACUUCAAGAACUACGAAAUGAAGAAGCUUAUUUAGUUCUAUUAAAAAAAUUACGUACAAAUCAACAAUUAUUAACACAAACAAAUAAUAAUAAUACAAAAACAGUAACAAAUGGUUGUCAUCCUAUAGAAAAACCUAUUAUAACUCCAUCAAUAAAACCAGUACAAUUACCAAUAACUACUAAACCUCUUCAACAACAAUCAUUGCCAAUAACAACACGUAAAACAUCUAAUUCUCCAUUAUUAACAAAUUCAAAUAAAACAUCUAAAAAUUCUUCAUUUGAAGAAUAUAAAACUCAAGCUAAAUUAGCAUUACGUAAACAAUUAGAACGCGAUCUAUUAAACAUAUCAUUACCAAAACCAUCUAUACAAGAUACUAUAUUUAUUCCAAAUGGUACAAGUGCAGAAUUUCAAUUAUAUCUUGGUCUUGAAGAUGUUAUACAAUGUUUUAAUGAAUUACAAAGCAGUCGUCAUCGUUUACCACAACGUUUUACUGAUCAUGCCUAUAUUGAUGAACCACAUAUAUGCGACCAAUGUGGAACAGAUUUUACAAUACGUUGGUGGAAACAUAUAAAUUCUAAAAUAUCAAAUCAAAUCAUAACUAUUUUAUGUGAUCGUUGUAAAAAACAAAUAACUCGACGAACAUCUAAAUCUGAUCAUUCAACAUUAUUAAAAAGUGUUUUUAUAUCAGCAAUGGAAAAAGAAAAAGAAAUCGAUAAACAUUUUAAUGCACUUAUGAAACAACAAAAAACAUCAUCUCGAUCAUCAUCAUCAUCAUUAUCAUCAACAUCAAAACCUUUAACAACAAAUAUUCCGUCAACUAAUCAUCAAAAUCACAUUAUAAAAACAAAAAAUUUUUUAUCACAAAAUUUUCCUUCGAAAACUUCACAACAAUCAACACCAACAAUUCGAAAAUCAAAUGUUAUAGUUCAAUCACAUAUCAAACAUCCAACUCUAAAACAUGACAAUCAUUCUCGAACAGUACAACAUAAUAGAAUAUCGAUGCCAAUUCAUUAUCAUCAUCAACAACAACAACAACAACAACAACAAUCUCGUUCAAUAACAAAUUUAUCACAACAAACAAAAAUUAAUCAAACAGUUAAAAUAUCAAAAAAUUCUAUGAAACGACAACCAAUUAUGUCACCAUCACGUUCUAUACUUCCGCCUAAUCCUGAUCUUAUAAAUUCGCUUCUGUCAUCGAAUCUUGUAAGACCAACAACUACGAAACGAUCAACAUUUUCUACCGUUGAAAAGAAAUAA